AUGGAUGAUAACUCGAAAAACGCAUCCUCAUAUCAACAUGAUCAAGAAAUACUAGAUGCUCGAGGUAUUAGUAUGACAGUGGAGGAAGUAGCUGGACUCCCAACAUGCAAAUAUACAGAAAAAGUGCAAUCACUUAAUCUUAAGGAUGAUGAUCUAAUGUUUCUUAAGGGAUUGAGACGGCGGAUAAGGAACCGGCUAGCAUCACAAAACAGUCGCCGGCGCAGUAUGGAGAAUCUACGACGUUUAACACGCGAGUUACGUGCUGUAAGGGCAUGUCGAGAUGACGCGUUGUCUGAAAGGCGGAUGCUACUCGCUACAAGGACGGUAUUGCGGACGCGAUAUGGGGCUUUAAGGACACAUAUAUUAGAGGUCCUAGAAGAACGUGACGACACCGCAAAGGUUCCUGACUUAGACCCAGAAAUCGUAAUUGAAUCUCCCAAAUCAGACAAUUAUCCAAGUCUCAAGGCACAAAUUUUUGAAUGUCGCAUAGACAAAUUAGUUCAACAGAGUGUCAACCACAUUUACAAAGAAAAGGAUGCCAAAACCGAUUACAAAAGUGAGAAUGUUUACAAAAUAAAGACCAAUGAUUACAUAUCAGAUGUUAAUAGUAAAAUUGAUAAACAAAUUGGUUUUAUACGAACGAAUGAGAAUUACAAAGACAGUUAUAAAAAGAAAGAUAUUGAUUAUAAAUCAGAAGACAACAUAAUGGAUAGACCGAUGGAUGAACGAAAUUACAAAUUUGAUUACAAAAUUGAAAUGGAGACAGAUAUAAUAGAAAAGCAAGAAUGGAAAUAUAAAGAAAAUGAUUAUAUCGAGGAUGAAAUUAAAAAAGUUUGUGCGAAAACAGUGUUUUUGGAUGGUGUUCUCAAUUUAUCAAAGAAAAAGAGUCAUGGUCGGAAGCAAACGGCACCAAGACGCAUCGCUUACACGUUUAGUGAGCCGGAUAAUGAUGGUGUUCUAGAUUUGAAAAUCAAAAAGGAGCCACAGUGA